AUGACCAGAGCCCUGCCGUCCGGGCUCCUACCUCGCCUGGGAGUGUCGCCUGCAGCACCGCGCCUCGCCCUCCGCCCAGCUCAGCUCCAUCCGGCGACGCGGCGCUCAUGGACCGACCUGAGAAGCAAGAAGCCACGGCCCGAGCCCCGACCGCACCGCGGCCUCGUGCCUGAGCGUAUCCUGCCGUCCACCGCCGCGGCUGCCAAACCACCCAGAGAUGCGGCGCCGGGCCCGAAAGCGCAGCUCCUGCGGCUCGGCCUGGGCCUGCCGGCCCACGUGAAGCGGCUGCACGGGGUGGACCUCAAGCCGAACCCGUGCAACGUGGCGGCGUUCGCCAGCGCUCAGCACUGCGUCGACCUGCGCGCCGUCAAGUACCUGGACGACGUGGUGCACCCGUUCGCGCAGUCGGUCGUGGACCGGUUCGCGGCCGCGCACCAGACGGCCCCGCUCUGGUGGUCCGUCAACGCCUUCGGCGACGGCACGCCCUUCGUCAUCAACACGGCCGAGCGCCUGCUGAGCCGCGCCGUGCGCCUGGCCCUCGAGGCCGCCGGCUACGACCGCGACGGCCGCGCCCUGGACGGCCGCGGGCCCGCGGCGCAGCCCGAUAUCUACGGCACCCUGCGCGUCACCUGCGCCCACCCCGUCAUCCUCUGCCAGAAGAAGUUCGAGGCCGAGAUCGCGCCCAUCGGCGUGGCCGUCGUCCAGGCCGCCAUCGCCAAUCUUCAAGCGCAGCAGCGGGCGGCGCCUCGCCACGCCCAAGGAGCUACGAAAAUGCCACAGGCACGCAGAGCACUAGGUGCUGCAGGCCUAGGAAGUCCGCGGAUGUCGUCCGACGAGUGGUCCGAGAGAGGGCAAUAUCGGUCUUCGAAAGCGCGAAACGAGAAGGCUGCCCCCCGAGAUGGCCAUCGGGACAGCGCUCAACCCAACCGCAGCGCGGGCAGGCCGCCAUCUGGUUCGAGGAGUAUUUUGCGCGGAACCAAAGAUCGGGCCAAAUAA